GUUCGCGUAAGGCAAAUCUCGUAACUGCGAACUAAAAAUCGUUAUCAUUUCCGUCAACGUCUCCUCGUCUUUUCUUUCCAACUCCAUUUUCACUCAGCCGGAUGCUGAGCCGCUGAGGGUAUUCUUAACGGUUGAUCCGAAGCCUGUGAGUUUCUGGUUCGUGAAGGUUGUGUUGAUGCACACUUAUUUCGUCUGAAUUAGGAGUCAUGGAGGUUGCAUGUAGCCUAUCAUCUACAAGUGUAAUUUAUGGAGGUGAAAUUGCAAGUGGCAGGGCAGUGGAGUGCUUGAAUUUUUCUACAGGUUUGGGGCAUAAUAGAGGUUUUCACUACAAAUUGUUUGGAGAUUCAGGACUUGUCUUGGGAGCAAAUUCACCGAAGAGGUUGAAGAAGAAGAAGAGUUGUUACUGUGCCAACUCUUACGUUCCUAGUGAAGGGAAUUAUCUGUUGCAAUGCUUUAGCUUUAACAAGUCUUCCAUUAAUAACAACACCAAUUUCAAAAUUUUGAAGCAUGUGGGACUGUCAUAUUGUCAGAAAAAUGAUUCGGUGGCUUAUAUAAAUGGAAAUAGUGGAGAUGUUGAAAGCACUGAAAGUAGAAACGAUGACAGUAGCCUUGCUGCUAGUGAGCGAUCAGGGGAGGCAAAAGGAGAAAUUGGGUCUCCUAGUGUGGAUGAAUUAAGAGAUUUAUUGCAAAAAGCACUGAAAGAUUUGGAAAUUGCGCGACAUAACAGUAUAGUAUAUGAGGAAAAAGCCCAGAGGAUAUCAGAAGCUGCGAUAGCGUCGAAGGAUGAAGCUACUAAUGCUUGGAUUGACGUAAAUAAUGCUCUCCAGGACAUCCAAGUGGUAAUAAAUGAAGAGGCUAUUGCUCAAGAAGGUGUCCAAAAGGCUGCAUUAGCUCUUUCUUUUGCUGAAGCAAGACUCCAGGUGCUCUUGGAUUCAAUCAAAAUAGAUACUGGAAACAACAGCUUACCUAAUGUAAAAGAAGUCGAUUCUGGAUAUGAAGGUGGAGCUGAAGAAUUCAAUCAAGAGGAAGCACUCUUGGCAGCGCAGGAGGACAUACAAGAGUGUAAAGAUCAUUUAGCAAAUUGUGAGGCUGAGCUAGAAAGGGUUCAAAGCAGAAAAGCAGAGCUGCAAAAGGAAGUAGAUAGGUUGAAUGAGGUAGCAGAACUAGCUCAAAUCAAUUCUUCUAAAGCAGAGGAAAAAGUGGCCAAUAUAAUGCUUUUAGCAGAGCAAGCUGUUGCGCAUGAACUUCUGGCUGCACAGUGUGUCGACGAUGCUGAGAUUGCACUGCAGAGGGCAGAGAAGAACCUUGCCCUUUCCAAUAUCAAUAUUGCAGAUUCUAUGGUUGAGGGAACUAUCUCGAAAGAGGCAUCUCAAGUAAUAUCUGCAGAUGGCGCUGUUGAGGGAGACUUGAAUCUGCCACUUGAAGCUUCAGAAGUACUUGAAACAUCUCCAGAUGGCCAGUUAGAGGAACAGACUUUCCUGGAUGAUACUGUUAGUGACAAAGAGAAUGGAAAAAUAAGUUUCUCUAAGGAUACUGAAACUGAGCCUGAGAAACUAAAAACUAUACUCAGCAAGGUACAGGAAGCGCAGAAAGAAACAACAAGGGAUGGUUCCCCUUUAAAUGCUCCAAAAGCAUUUGUAAAGAAAUCAUCGCGGUUCUUUUCUGCUUCUUUUUUCUCUUUUUCUGCAGAUGAGGAAGAGUUCUCACCAGCUUCAGUUUUCCGUGGUCUUGUGGAGUCUGCUCGGAAGCAAUUGCCAAAGCUCGUACUUGGGUCAAUACUUGUUGGAGCAGGAAUUGCCUAUUAUAACCAUCGUGGUGAAAAGGUAGCUCAGUUUUUUCAGCAGCCUGGCAUCAUUGCCACUAGUAUUGAUGAAGUAUCAACUACCACAAGACCCUUGGUCAGAAAUAUAAGAAAGCUUCCAAAUGAAAUAAAGAAGCUCAUGGAUUUUCUUCCUCAUCAAGAGAUAAAUGAGGAGGAAGCUUCCCUGUUUGAUAUGUUGUGGUUGCUACUUGCAAGUGUUAUAUUUGUGCCUAUUUUCCAAAAAAUUCCUGGAGGCAGCCCUGUUCUUGGAUAUUUGGCUGCUGGAAUCUUAAUUGGACCUUAUGGUCUCUCUAUUAUACGUAAUGUUCAUGAAACUAAGGCAAUAGCAGAAUUUGGAGUUGUCUUCUUACUGUUUAAUAUCGGCCUUGAGCUCUCUGUUGAGAGACUAAGUUCCAUGAAGAAAUAUGUUUUUGGACUGGGUUCUGCUCAGGUCUUGGUGACAGCUGUGGUUAUUGGCUUACUUGCUCGUUAUGCUUCUGGGCUGCCUGGUCCAGCUGCAAUUGUCAUUGGCAAUGGCCUUGCGCUGUCUUCAACUGCUGUAGUCCUUCAGGUUUUGCAGGAACGUGGGGAGAGCACAUCACGCCAUGGGCGUGCUACAUUUUCUGUAUUACUCUUCCAGGAUUUGGCUGUGGUGGUUUUGCUUAUUCUGAUACCCCUGAUUUCACCAACAUCUUCCAAAGGAGGGGUUGGUUUCCAGGCCAUUGCAGAAGCUCUUGGGAUUGCUGCUGUAAAGGCAGUUGUUGCCAUCUCUGUCAUAAUAGCUGGAGGACGCCUGCUGCUUCGCCCAAUUUAUAAACAAAUUGCAGAGAAUCAAAAUGCAGAAAUAUUUUCAGCAAAUACUCUUUUUGUUAUUCUGGGGACUAGUCUACUAACUGCCAGGGCUGGUCUUUCCAUGGCUUUAGGAGCAUUUUUAGCAGGCUUGCUACUGGCAGAAACAGAAUUCUCAUUGCAGGUUGAAUCUGAUAUUGCUCCAUACCGUGGACUUCUCUUAGGUCUCUUCUUCAUGACGGUUGGGAUGUCCAUUGAUCCAAAACUUCUAUUUUCGAAUUUCCCAGUUAUUACUGGAAUAUUAGCGCUUCUAAUUGUUGGGAAAACCAUUUUGGUUGCAAUUAUUGGUAGACUUUUUGGCAUCUCAAUUGUAUCAGCAGUAAGAGUUGGUCUCCUACUAGCACCUGGUGGAGAAUUUGCAUUUGUGGCUUUUGGUGAAGCUGUCAAUCAG